AUGGCUCAAUUAGCAACUCCUUUCUCCUGGGCUCAAAGAAGAGACAGAAUUUUCAUUUCUAUUAAUUUAAGAGAUAUCACUGAAGAAAAGAUUGACCUCCAACCUACUUCCCUUUCUUUUGAUUGCACUUCUGAUAAAAAGCAAUACCACGGCGUCGUAAACUUCUAUGACGAAAUUGAUGUCGAAAGUUCCAAGAAGACUAUCUUAGGUUUUGGUGCAAGAAUUGUAUUAUUUAAAAAGAAUACUGAAGCUCCUUACUGGCCUCGUUUGACCAAAGAAGGUGGCAAGCAUAACAACAUCACUUUUGAUUGGGAAAGAUAUAUUGAUUCUGAUGAAGAAGGUGAAGAUGGAGAUAAGGGAUUAGGCCAAGAUUGGGAUCCUUCUUAAAUGUAACACUUCGGAGGUCCUGGCGGCGAAGAAGACUCUGAUGAUGACGAAGAAGGUGCUGGCCAAAACGUCAAUGAUCUUGAUGAUGAAGAAGAAAUUGAUGCUAAAAAGGAAGAAGAUAAUGCCGAUUAAAACGAUGAAAAGAAGGAAUGA